CGACCAUCGCGAACUCACUUCGUCGUCAGCCGACCUAACACAAACCAGACCGCCUUAUCUGCUAUUAAACCCAGAUUCAGCGCGCCGCCCGAGCCUUGUUUCGUUUUCCACCUGAACCCUCCAAGCGCCACCUCCGCGCACUCUCGCAGGCCACCGCCGCCACCGCCGCCGCCGCCGCUUGUGCCGCGACGAGGGACACCGGGGCAGGCGACUCCCCGCGUGGGCGACCAUGGGGCGUCGAGCGGUCGCGACAAUCCUCGGAAUCGCUCUGUGCACGCUCUCCGCCUUGCCGGGGACGGCCGAUGCGCAGGCCUCCCACAUCGACCGCCUGCUGCUACACAGCAGGAUCCGCGGCAGGGCCGAAGGCCCAAAUGUGUGUAGCGUGCAGAUGGCGACCAACAGCAUGAAGACGUUCUACUCUUCCUGCCAGACGUGGUACCGCAAGAUGGUCUGUGGCAACCCCACCACAAUCACGUACGAGUGCUGCCCGGGCUACCUACCAGUGGAGGGAGAGAAGGGCUGCCCUGCUAUCCUGCCGCUGGGCACCAUGGCGGAGACGCUGGAGGCCGCGGGGGCGACCACCACCAUGGCCCACAUGGAACAGGCCGACCUGGGCAGCGUGCUGGCCGGACGCGCCGCCUUCACCGCCUUCGCGCCCGACGACAACGCCUGGAAGGGGGUGAAGAUGAGCGAGUCGGAGAUCCGAGACUCCAUGUCGUACUCGCUGGUCGACCGCCGCCUCCUCGGGAGGGACCUCAAGCACGGCAUGACGCUACCGACGCUCAAGGAGGACGAGCUGCACGUCCACCACUUCCCCAACGGGAUCAUCACGGUGAACUGCGUGAGGAUCCUCAAGCCUAACCUGCUCGCGUCCAACGGAGUGGUGCACAUCGUUGAGAGCAUCAUCCCUCCGGCCAGCGCCAGCAUCCGCGCCAUCCUGGAGAGCGACAGCCGCCUGCAGACCCUCACGUCGGCGCUGCGCUCUGCCGGAAUGCUGGAGACGGUGGGCGUCGGCGUUGGCCCCUACACGUUGUUCGCUCCCACCGACGCCGCCUUCGAGAAGCUCCCCAAGGAGAUGCUCGCACGCAUCCUCGCCGACCCCGUCGCCGUCAAAGCCCUGCUGCAGCACCACGUGGUGCGCGCGGCCGUGUGCACGGGGGCCUUGCUGGGCCCCGUGCGGCACGACAGCGCCGAGGGCUCCCCGCUGCUGCUCGGCUGCGGCCCCGCCGGGGUGACGGUGGACGGGCGCGCCGUGGUAGAGCAGGCGGACCGCGUGGCCACCAACGGCAUCGUCCACGUCCUCAACGAGCUGCUGCUGCCCGACUCCGCGAAGAGCACGCUGGAGCUGAUGGAUGACCCCGACCACACGACGUUCAAGGACAUGUUCGUGCGAGCUGGGCUCAAGAGCUCGCUGCGGGACGGGGCCGCCUACACCCUGUUGGCACCGACCAACAAAGCCUUCGGUGGGUCCCUCCUCUCGGCCUCCUCGUCCGAGCUGAGCGCGGCCAUGAAGAACCACGUGCUCAAGGGCAGCGUGCAGCUGCACGAGCUGUUCGGCGGCAAGGCGCUGGAGACGCUGUCCGGCAAGAAGCUCCGCGUGUUCAUCUACCAGAAGGCCAUCUGUCUGGAGAAUGCGUGCGUGUCGCCCAGAGUGAAGCACGGCCAAACGAGCGACAUGUUCUCCCUCGACCAAGUCGUGCGUGCCCCGACCAAAUCGCUGCUGGACCUGCUCAAGGCCGACAAACGCUUCAGCACGCUGGUGGGCAUGGUGAAGACGUCCGGACUCACCCAGACACUCAACAAGGCGGGCUCCUACACGCUCUUCGCGCCCACAAACGCUGCCUUCGAAGCGCUGCCCUCGUCACGGCUCUCACAGCUCUCGGGUAGCACGAAGCAGCAGGCCGAGGUUCUGAAGUUCCACCUGACGAAUGGCGUGGUGGUGAAGGGUGGGGUGCCGCAAGACGCCACCACUUUCCUUACCACGCUGCAGGGUGGUGGCCUGGAGCUCGUACAGACCCGGGAUGGCGUCCUCUCUGUUGCUGGCCACGAUGUGGUGCAGGAGGAUUUAAUGGCCACAAACGGGGUGAUCCACGCCAUCAACUCCGUCUUGCUCCCCUCUGAAUCCGAUUCGGUGGCGAUCAAGCUCGUGCAAGGCAAGCAGCUGGUGACGCGCACCCUGAAAAAGGGUUCCAAGUUUUCAGUCGCCAGCACGGGGUAGACAUGGGACCCCCCCGUCAGCCAGCCUGCCAGCCUGCCUGCCUGCCAGCCGGCUGGCCGGCCACCCUGCCACCCUGCCACCCUGCCACCCUGCCACCCUGCCACCCGCACGAUGCGAAACGAUCACUUCACCCCAUCAGAAUCGGCCCCGGACGCGGCUCUUCGCCAGGGGCAAAAAACGCGGCAUUCAGAUGGGCAGGGGCUGGCAGAUGCCACGCUCCGACCGCUUUAUGGGAAAUGCGUUGACAUCGCGGUGCUAACGUGGACACGUUGUUGCAGUGGCAGUCACGAGGACAAACUCGGUACGGUGUUCUCGUUGUCACGAGUGUCCAGUUCCCCCGUGCUUGCCCCGCACCUCCAAUUUGCACGGGUGGCGACGUGCGGUGCGAAAGAAGUUCAGCAAGCGUAAAUACGCGCAAGCCGCUCGCACGCCCACUCUCUGAUUCACCCACUCACACACCCACUCUCUGAUUCACCCACUCGCUACACCGACUCUCUGAUUCACCCACUCACACACCCACUCUCUGAU